CCUGCGUCACGGGGUACAACGCGUAUCCGAAUCUAGUGGUGAAAGCCUGUAGAGUCUAGUAGAGCACGUCUUAAGUUCAUGUUUAAGAAACUCGACGCGUGGCUUGUUCGGAGGACGCUAAACCACCGUUUAAUAUCCAGUGAUAUGGAAUCAGUUUAAAAGCGAUUUUUUUCCUGACAUUACUUCUGACAAGCAAACAUUUGGGCCUUCACUGGUGGACAAACGCACUUACAUUCCAAAUUUACUUUAACGUUAGACGCCAAGCAUCCAAGGGCACACGUUUAAGCUUUAUAACGAUGUAUCGAGCUUUUUGGGAUACGAUAUUUCUCCUUAGUGGCUAUUUAUUUACAUACAGUCAAGUGCAGCAAAAUGCUACGUCAGCAGCAACAACCAUGGCGAUGACUCCCACCACAACCGCCACUAUAACUGCCACCAACACCACAGCAGUAUCAAGUACUACUGUUAGAAGAAAGUUCAUAGCAGCAGCAGUCCACUCUCACUUUGCUGACUGUCCUGACUCCCACAGCCAUUUCUGCAUCCAUGGAACAUGCCGCUUUCUCAUCCUGGAGGAGACGCAAGCGUGUGUGUGCCACCCAGGCUUCAUAGGUGUGCGUUGUGAGUAUGCAGACCUGCUGGCAGUGGUAGCAACCAACCAAAGGCAGCAUACAUUGGCCACUAUAUUGAUGCUGGGCAUAUUGGGCAGUGUCCUGCUUGUACUGCUUUGCACCAUAAUAAAUUGUUGGUGGAGGCGGGGCAGAUGGAGGCAAGGACCUCUGCUUUCCCGUUUGUCAAAAAAACCAAAUGGCAUCGUAAAAAGUGGGACGUCCUGCUGUCACACAGAGACAGUGGUUUGAAAUGGGUCCACUGUAGUGCUCUCGGUAUACCCAUGUUCUCAAUUUUGCCACCUGAAGCCCCAUGGAUUAUCACUGGAUUAACCUACUAAUUCAUGUCAGCAAGCUGAGAACCAAACCAGAUGUGGAAUUCAGAACUUAUAUACUUGAUGGAAGUAAACUUAUCCAUUCAGUUUUUAUUAUUUUUUUGUGGAAUAUAAAACUAAAACAAUGGAAGACAGUUUAUUUCCCAUUUACGGUAAUUUCCCAACACAGAUAUUGAUCUCCUGGAUGCUGGACUUUCAUACUAUCGUGUUGGAACAGAUUACAGGAGUGAAGAUACACUCCCAGACUUAAGAUCUUGUGAGGAAAAGCCCUACAGUGAACGAGCAACUGACAAGUGCUUAGGCCUGCUCAGCUGGAUGUGAAAAGUAAGAAUGAGAUUCAGAACUUUGAUGUAAAUUUUCAUGAAUUAAUGUGCUUAGGGUGCUUGGAUGUUCUUGAGACGCUGAGAACUAUGUUCAUUUUGACAACAGAAGUGGACACCAUGAUAAGAGGAAUAGUUUCAUUUUUCAAAUCAUGAAAACUUGGAAAAUGAACAGAAUGUUUAUGGUGUGUGACACCAAAAGAUCUAGUACUUGUCAAAAGUUUGGAUACACCUACUUUUUUUUUUUUGUUUAAUUUUCCACAUCAGGUCUAAAAUACCAACAAAACAAAACAAAAAAAUUAAAACUAUGAAAUAACACUGAAUUAUACAGGGAACAAAAAGUGAUAAACAAACAAAAUAAGUUAACAAAUCAACAUAUUAUUACAAUAAUUAUUAACAAGCUUCAUGAGAUAUCUGUGAAGAGGCUUACUUUCCAAGAGUUCCCAGUUAUUCUGGCCAGUUAUUGGCUGUAGUUUCAAAGUUUUAAAUGAAAACUAUUUAUUUUUGCAUUUGAAACAAAUUUCAUGUCUUUAGAUAUCUUUUAAGAUUAUCAAGAACAGUUACACGUGUCCAAACUUUUGGUGUGUGGUGUAUAUGAGCUAUAGUUUUAAAUGUUUGUUAUUCAGGAGUGUCACCACACAACUAAUUGUUCUAAGAAUGGAAAAAUAAUCUUGGAUAGCUAAGCUCUUAAAUGAUGAUAAUCUUGGAUGAUAAUAGUAGAUGAAAAUGUGUACACAAGAUUUUCAGAGUAUAUUUCAAGUAUAUUAAUGUAUUCAAUAACCAUGAUAUAUUUAAGAAUUAACAGUCAAUGGCAGGCUUCUGAGGAAAACACUUGACUUGGAAUCCAGAGGGUAUUUUAUGCUUAUGUUCAUUAGUAUUAUUGCACUUGAGAUGUUCUUGUUCACAGAUU